CGCACGCACACAAACACACAGAUUGCCUGCGCACUCAUGUCGCCGUGAUCCCGCUGUCUCCAGGGCCUCGAUGGCGGCAACAGGUGCUCGUUGUACAAUCUUCAGUCGCGAUCAAUAACAGAUCGCUUGCCAGUUCCUUGUCACCCCUCCGCAAUCUCAGCGCGUGCACUUUCCACCUCUGCCAAUUACUACGCAGCAGCCCAUUGACCUCCAGCACAACAGCGGGUGACACCUCGCCAAUCAUCCGCCACAAUGGCCGACUUCAAUGAGACAAGAUCUCCCCUUACAAACGACAAUGUCCAGGCCUGGGCCCGCCAUCACUUUGCCGCGCCCUUUCGCGCUCUACCGCGUGCUGCCAGGCUGCAAUGGAUCGAGUUUGACGAGAGCUUUACUAUCAGCAGAGCUAUCUGGCGCUCCCUCGGCCGCUCUACCCACAAGCAGCUACUCGUCAUCGGCGGCUACGCCCCAGGUCCCGCCGGCGACGACGAUGAACCCAUUGACCGUGUCACAGCCCAUGUCCACGAGGACGAAGCAGAGGUCAGCUUCUAUCGCAUCACUGAGCUCGAAGAUGGCAGCAAUGAGCUGUUGUCGGUAAAUAGCACCAGCACCGUUGCCUUUCAUGCCCCAUUUUGUGACGUCGGUGACGAUACCGGAGGUUCAAAAGCAAUCCACCGCGUAUCUGCACUCAUUCUUUACUAUUUUUUGGCUGCCGGCCACGUGAAAGAGCUAUCCCGCACACGAUCAGAUCCUACAAUGUUUACCAGGAAUUUUCGCGAUGCUUGUCUGUGGGUUCAGAAUGAAGGCGAGCGUCCAUUACUACCACCAUCGAGAAAAUCAGAACCUUCAACACCCUUCGAAAAAGAUCCUAUUACUGUCCGACCCAAGCGCUCCUCCACUGUUUCAACAACCCGCCCCGUAUCUGACGAAUAUCAACACCCUCCAAUGAAGCGCGCUGCAACAGACAGCUUAAACAUUAAAAUUAAACGCGAACGCGACGAAGACUACCCAAACAUCCCUCCAUCCGCCAUCCGCCCAAAAAAACACCCCCGGCGCACGCUCAGCGAGCAAAUCGUUGUCCCUUCGAAACUCCAGGAGUCUACCUCAAUGCCAUCCUCGGGAUCCAUUCUCAGCCCACGCAGUCCUGCUCCGGAGCGCGUCAACCGCGCCCUAACCGACCGAAUUAAUCACCUCAAAGACGAAAAUGCUGGCCUCAAAGCCUCAUUAAAUGGCCUUGAAUCAGAAAAAUCCGACCUUCAGCAGCGCAUGGCCAGGGAAUCCCACGCAUAUCGUAGCAUGCAAAUCGAAUCCGACGCCCUAAAGCGCGAAGUAGAAAGCAUGAAGCGCGAAAUGAACGCCAUGAAAGAGCGCCUAGAAGGCGUCGAGUCUUCUGGCGAAAAGAUGCGCCUGGAAGUGCAAAGAUUAGUAGCGGUAGAGAACGCGAGUAAAGAAUUCCGAAAAGAGCUAAGAAGUGAAGUAGACGGGUUAAGAGGACGCAUCGAGCGAAGCGAAAAAGAAGCCGAAAACGCGAAAGAAGAGCUAUUGGCUGUACGGCGGGGAUUAACAAAGGAGUUGAGCGAAGCAGUCCAGAAAUGGGGCGCGUGAAGAAGAAGAAAACAAAAAGAAUUCAUGACUUGGAUACAUUCAAAAUUGUAUGGGCAUAGUCUUUUGUUUCUUGUUAUCGUUUCUUUCCUGUCUCUCCAUCUUGCUCCUGGUCUGGUCUGGCCUGGUCAGCUUAGACGCGGUAUCCGCGCUACGAUCUCCCCACUCGCAUAUUCCGCCGGGAACCCCCCGGUGGUGCGUUUUCUUUUCCCUUUUCGCCCACCAAUCGGGUUAUAUAUGGUACUCCCGUGGCCCUUUAGUUUCAUUUUUUUUCCAUUCAUCUAUCUCUAUGGGCGUUUUUUAUUGUUCUAUUCUUGGUAUAUAUGAAGCAAGCGGCAUUUUGUCCUCAUCAUCAUCAUCAUCAUCGUCAUUGGUCAGGUUGGAGGGGAGGACAAAGGCGUAUGUAUGCAUGCAUGUAUAUUUGUAUGAAGCAAGUAUUUAGGUUAAUCUUUUCUAGAAGCCUGUUUUUAGCAAGCUAUGUAUGGAGUUGAAUGGAAAUCAGU